UUGGGCACUUGGUGAAUCAGACCCGCCCCUCCAGUGACGGGAUUGGAGGAGGUGUGUGCCGCCCGUACUCCGCUAUCCCGGUCCGGGUGAUGUUUGGGACGUGUCAGUGAGAGUCCCGGUGUUCGCGGGAGAGAGCGGAGACCCCCGUGCUGUAGUCACUACGGACUGCCUGACGGGUUCGGCGCCCCCUAGCUGCUAGUGACGUGCACACUCCCUGCAUCCCUUCACCAAGACGGAGAGAGGAGUGGGACACAUUGAGCAGAUAAGAUCCUGUACACAGCGCUGACGCAUGGUGACACUUCCGCCAGCUGUACAGAUGAUGUUCCACGUGGCCACUGAGGGCUGACGCCAGCCUCCUUUGUUUUGUUUAAGAUGCUGAACCCAGAAGGACCGGAUGCUUGUAGGAAAAUGGCGUCGCAGUGGCCGCGCAGCAGCAGCGCAGAGAACAAAGUUCCACACACACGGAUGGAUGACGAAGCGGCAAUUCAGCAAAUUUACGCAUUUGGCAAGAAGUUGGGGCAAGGAAGCUUCGGAGUGGUGAUUGAAGCUACUCACAGGGAUACCGGCAGGAUAUGGGCAAUUAAAAAAGUAAAUCGAGAAAAGGCCGGAAGCUCCGCAGUGAAACUGCUGGAACGGGAAGUUUCCAUCCUGAAAAGAGUUAAUCAUGAUCACAUCAUCCACCUGGAGGAAGUGUUUGAGACCCCCAAGCGGAUGUACCUGGUGAUGGAGCUGUGUGAGGGUGGGGAGCUGCAGGGUAUUCUGGAACGCAGGACGCAUUUACGGGAGAGUGAAACGAGACACGUGAUUCACAGCCUGGCCUCCGCCAUAGCCUAUCUUCACAAGAAAGAUGUUGUGCACAGGGAUCUGAAACUAGAAAACAUAUUAGUGAAGAGUAAUGAGCAAGCAGACGAUGAGGAGAUGAUACUGAACAUUAAGGUUACAGAUUUUGGUUUGGCGGUGCAAAAGGGGGGAGUUGGUAGUGAAAACAUGUUGCAGUCUACGUGUGGGACCCCUAUAUACAUGGCUCCCGAAGUCAUCAACGCCCACGAUUACAGUCAGCAGUGUGAUAUCUGGAGUAUCGGCGUUAUCAUGUACAUGCUGUUAUCCGGAAAUCCGCCUUUUAUGGGGAGCUCUGAAGAAAAACUUUUCCAGCACAUAAAGCGAGGGAAGUUAAAGUUCAGUGAUCCGGUGUGGGACGCAGUCAGCGACGCUGCCAAAGAUGUUCUUCAGAAACUUCUGAGAGUGGAUCCCGCUGACCGUAUUACUGCUAACGAGCUACUAGACGAUCCCUGGAUCACGGGGGAAACCAACACUGUACAGAGGCCCACCAAUGUGCUGGAGAUGAUGAAGACCUGGAAGAACAGCCCGGACAAUGACGAGAAUGUAGAAGACAACGUGAAUGGCCUUCUCGGGGAGCAGACCGCAACGUUACACACGGCGGAGGAUCGGACAAGUCUAGACAGUAGCAACGGAACCUCCGAGACCGACAGCUGCAGCAGCAAACCGUCUACUCCCACAAAACCGGUAGAGAGGAAGCAGGUUGGUAAGAAGAAGAGUCUCUCUCUAUGUAACGGAUCUGUGGUGAAGAGGACUGUGAAUCUUAAGGUUUGCAGCACGCCAGUGGAAAGAAAGAAGUCUCCGCAGCCAAAUCCCCGGCAGGCCGUGGACCGUAAAGAGUAUUCUGUGGCAAACGCCACAAAACAAACCACGCCGAAGAGUGAGUCCAACAAAUUCUGCAUGACCGCAAGUCACGGCCUGGGACAGAAGUUGUCACACGGUGCGUCCACAACCACCCGGUUUAAAAAGACAUUUUAGGAGAUCUAGAACUUCACCUUGGUGCCAAAUUUGCUGGGAACUAAUCGGCAGUGAAAAUCGUACACAGGAGAUAGAGCGAAAUCUUCUCAGCCAAGUGUUAUCACUGUAACCAAUGCAUUUGUGUGACCCCAUAGAGUAGCCAUGAAGGUUUAGUCCCGUGGACCCUUCUACCACUGCGGCCUCACCGAGCACCUUACGGAGACUUCUCGCUUCCAGUGGCCUUUAUGGGGCUGAGAGAAGACCCCAUACAAUAUGCCAGAUCCUUCUUAGGUUCUUACAAUGGACCAUUGGUUCAAUAUGACUGGCACAGGUCCUAAUUCUUAAUGCCUUAUUAUUCCCUAUUACCGUGCCUAAAUAAUGUAUUUAUAUGUUCAUUCCUUACAGCGUGUUUGGCGCAGCGGCCUGAUGACCUCAUCCCAGUCUCUGCGUUACUCCUUUUAUCUCCACCAGUUUAUUUUUUUAAAUCCCCAUCAGACCUUGGUCUGUUUUUAGAUAUAUUUUCAUGUGCAUAGGUGGGAACUCACCAAACGUCAUUAAUUACCUUCAGAAAUCAGUCCUGAUGAAGGGCCCGGACUGCGGAACUUGUCUUCAGACGCUGAGCUGCUUCGAAUCGUACGGUCUGAUCUUAUGUUGUGCUGCUAAAAUGGUGUUAAGUGAAAUCUGAUUAUUAACCGCUGGGCGUGUAAUUAAUAGCGGCAUAUGCUUGACCUCUGACCUCUGACUCGUUACUUGUAACAAUUAGUUUUAUUUUAAUAUGUUACCGCUUCAGAUUUUCCUUUUCCCAUUAAAGACCUGAGAUUCUCUUGCAAC